UUAUCGAUAAAUUGUUUGCUUAUUUCUAUUAGAAAUUUGUUAUCUUUAUUUUGGAUAUUUAGUUGGGAUUUUCGCAAAAAUGACGCAUCCUUUGGAGGUGGAGCAGCGAACCCGCAAGUACCCCUUUGUAAAUAUGCGGAUUUCAGACCAUUCGAUAUUGGAUACCAUCGAGGGACGCCACAAUUGCAAGUCCUGCAAUCGGUCCCGGAAAUUCUUCUGCUACAGCUGCUACAUACCGGUGGGGGAGCUGGAGGAUCAGGACGUGCUGCCGCGUCUUGAGCUGCCACUGAAGAUAGAUAUCAUUAAGCACAAGAAGGAAAUUGAUGGCAAAAGUUCGGCGGUACAUGCAGCGGUUUUGGCGCCGGAACACGUGCGGAUCUAUACAUUUCCGGAGAUCCCAGAUUACCGGGAAGAACCAGGAGUGGUUCUUAUAUUUCCCAGUGCCACUUCCUUGACAGUUCCCCAGCUUUUCGAGAGAAAUGUCCAACUGCAGAUAGGAGAUAACUAUGGCCUGCCAAAGGGUCACCAUAUGGGCACCAUGCUACGCAGAAGAAUGGAUGAAGUGGAGAUCCAGGAUCCCCAUUCAAAGGAUCAGGAACCAUCCGAAAAGAAAACCUGGACCCUAGAUAACCUGCCCAUCCGUCGGGCUGUCUUCAUAGACAGCACAUGGAACCAAAGUCGUGGGAUCUAUGCGGAUGAGAGGAUUCGCAGCCUACGAACUGUAGUUCUACAAAAUAGAUUAUCCCAAUUCUGGCGACAUCAGAGGGGAAGUCCACGUUGGUACCUUGCUACUAUAGAGGCCAUUCAUCAGUUCCUCCUGGAAGUCCAUAUCAAUGCCUGGGGCCUUAAUAGGGAGUACAGAGGACUGGAUAAUCUCGAGAUCACAGAAGGCUUUCAUCAACUGGCGGAGCCUUUGAAAUCAGUAGCUCCCAUCGAGGAUGUGGGCAGGGAAUCUCCCUACAACGGACAAUAUGACAAUCUGUUGUUCUUCUUUGCCAAUAUGUACGAUCUCAUCCACAAGUACUACGAUCAUAAUGAUCUGAUAUCCUACCGGCGACCCAUUUAGUUUUUCUAAGUAUUUAUAUUGGAUAGUGAGAAAUACACGUUAUUGUUGGCUAA